AUGCCAGCGGUCGUACUGUACACCAUCUCGGACGGCGUCCAAGGGACGAUCAAGGUGGUGCAUUUCCUCUCUGGCGGGGCGAAGGUUGUGGCGGACCUGGAUGUCUCGGUUGUCAACCUCACAACAUUGCAGUCCUUGGAUCCAGAUUGCCAGUCAGUCAGUGGCUACAAGUGGUACAUUCAUACCAAGUGA